AUGGGAUCUGCAGACUACUUCCUCCUUCCAAACAUCCACAGCGCGAUAUCUUGCAGACGAACCUGGGGCAUCUCCAAUUCACCCAAUAUUAUCCUUCAUGCUGCGAGAGGCCCCUCCUACGAGGUUGCUAACGGCGAGGAAAGCAGCAACAUCAACUUCCCUCAUCAGUUCACGUUACUGUUUGCCAACGGUCUGGGCUUCCCUAAAGGAUUCUCACAUAAAGUUACAGCCAGGCAUGCCGCUCAGCCCGUUCAGCAGAAGUUACGACGGCUUCCACUGGAGGUUCGAGAAAAGGUCUCAGCUGAGCGUCACAAACUGGAGCAAGCGGACAUCAUUGAAAGGAUUGAUGCUUCUCAGUGGGUUUCCCCAAUAGUAGUUGUCUGGAAGAAAAGCGGGGAACUGCGUCUUUGUGCCGACCACCGGAAGCCGAACGAAGCCAUUGUAGUGGACAGCCACCCACUAUCUCACCCGGAUGACCUGUUCCACAGUCUUGCUGGUGCCCGCCACUACUCAAAAUUGGAUCUCUCUUCUGCGCACCAUCAGUUGGUGCUUGCGAAGGAAAGCCAUAAUAUAACAGCGUUCACCACGCACGAGGGUCUCUUUCGUUAUAAGAAAGUCAUUAGAGGAUUAGCGUCAGCCGCAGCUGCUUUCCAGAAGAUGCUUUCGGUUGUACUGAAGUGCUGUAAAGGCGUGCUACAUUACCUUAACGAUAUCCUCAUAUUCGGACGCACCAAGAAGGAUCACGUCCGUCACAUGGUUCUGGUACUUCGAAAUCUUGAAGAGACUGGCUUACACCUAAAUAAGAAGAAAUACGUCUUCACUGCUACCGAAGCAAUUUCUAGGACAUGUCCUUUCCAGAGGGAAGAUCAGGCCCAGCCAAGACACGACUGA